CACCAUGUUGUUUGGUCGUGACCAGAAAGCACCAGAUAGCCUUGCCUUCCGCGCCGCCUUCGGCGCGCGUACACUCGAUGAGCUGGCCACAGCAUGCCUGGCACCUGCUGGAGGCUGAAGAGGCCCCACUGACAGCUGCUUUGGCCUUGCUGCCCGGUUGGGCAUUUGCUGCAGUAUUCUUUAGUGCCUUUGUGACGGCAUUUGCCAUCAUAGCCUCCACACAGGCGCUGCUCUACUGGGAGACAAUCCAUUGGCCAUGGUCCAGGCUGAAGGUCUGCACCAAGAAGCUGUCCGCCAUGUGGGACCCGGCCUCGCUGGCGGCGAACAAGCUUCGGUACCAGGACCUUCAGCGUCGCGAGGAGGUGCUGCAGAAGAAGUUCCUCGAGAUUGUUGGCGACCGCAAAGUGGAUGAGAACUCUCCGUGGUCAGAGCACGCCGAGCUUUUGCGAGCGCUUUUGAAAGGCGGCUAUUUGAGCCUCGAGAGCAUCACUCGCCGCGACGGCAUGCUGGACUUCUUUGCGAGCCACCGCGUCCUGGCACAUCAGGAGUGCCUCUCCUGCUGUUUGGGCAUUCGCAUGACGGUUCACUACAACCUCUUUUGCGGUACAGUGCUCGCCCUCGGAGAUGAGCAUCAACGCCGUUGGCUCCAUGAGUCCCAGACUCGCGGGGAGCUGGGCUGCUUCAUGCUGACCGAGAGUGGCGCAGGGGUACUCAGCGGCUUGGUGGUGGAGACCACUGCAACCUUCCACGCAGAUGGCCAAGGUUGCUGGUUUGACCUUCACACGCCUACACCUGCGGCUGAGAAGACCUGGAUCUCCCAGGGUCUGGCGGCGGAGUGGGGCGUGGUAGUGGCAGAUCUGGUGGUGGAGGAAAAGCACCUGGGGCCCCACGUCUUCAUUUUGGACAUGCGAACGCCGGGCGUGCAUCGCGAGAGCAUGGGAGAGAAGACCAGCUUUAACGCUUUGGACAACGCCAAAGUGUCCUUCGACCAUGUGCAGCUGCCAGCCACCGCAUUGCUUUCCAAGCUUUGCCGCGUCCACGCGCGUUCGACAGCUGAUGGCUUCAAGGCAGAGUACUCCUUUACAGGCAAAAAGCCGCCCUCGUUUGUGCAGAUUGCUCAGCGACUGCUGUCCGGGCGGCUGUGCAUCUCUGACUCGGCCAUUGCUUACCUGGAAGGCGUGUUGCAUGUCACCCGGAAGUACACCGAGAGCCGCUUCGUGUGGGUAGACAAGGAGCGCAAGAUGCCGCUCGCAGAGCUUCCCUACAUGAGCAAGGUCCUGCGGAGUGUGGAGGUGGGCCUCAACGUGCACAAGGCCUUCCUGUUGCUGCUGCAGCAGGAAUUCGCCCAGGCCAUGGAGUCGGGAGACGAGCUGCCGCGGGCCUUGGUGACGCGCAUUGCGGCUGCCAAGGUGGAGGCGGUUGAAUUUGCCAUCAAGUCGCUGGCGCUCCUGCGCAGGGACGUCGGUGCCUUCAGCCUCCUGGCCACCUCGCCCUUUGGCGCCAACAACGACAUCCUGCUCUGCUGCCGCUUUGCGGAAGGUGACAGCCGGGUGUUGCAGCAGAUGCUGACGCGGGACUUGGUCAGGGCCCAUGCCAAGACCACAUCCGUGCUGCGGCUCCUUUGGCGGUUCCUACAGGACUGGCUGUCCGGGGCCUUGCACAGCCCAGCAAGGCUACGGUACCUUCGGGACCAGAAGCUUCUGCAGUUGCUGUGGCUCCUCACCAAGCUUCACCGCAGCUGCCAGCAGAAAGGCAUGACCAAGGCACAGGCGGAUACCGAAGCUUGGCUCCAGGCGGGGCAACUCAUCUACGACGUGGCGAAGACCCAAGCACAGCAACUGAUCCACGGCACGGUGGAAGCCGCCUGUGGGCCUUCCCUGGACACCCGACGCUUCCUGGAGAUGUGCAUCAGCGACUGCGAGGCGCGCCACGUGUACUGACCGAUGGCCGAAGACAGAACUCGAUGGAGCGGUCGAAUUUGUCAAGGCCUGCAAGUGGGGCACAGGCCGUGAACAGCGGAU